AUGUCGAAACACACCAAGAAAAGCAAACAACCAAGAGAACCUGCUGCAAACUCGUCAAAUUGGAGCGAUCUUGAGAUGAUAGUUCUCACUGAGUGUUGGAUCAAUGCUAUAGAAGAUCCAAUAGUCAGCAAAGACCAAUCUGUUGAUUCUUUUUGGGGGAAAAUCAUAGAGAAGUACAAUGCAAGAUUCCCCAACAACCCAAAAAAUCACAAUCCGAUUAGUGGCAAGUGGAGAAAGAUCAAGACAAAUGUGUCAAAGUUCAAUGCAAUUUGGAAAGGCUAUGAUGGUCAUCGGUGCAGUGGUGAGAACGAUGCCCAAGUAAUGGAGGAAGCGCGUUCAGAGUACUUUACUCAAACCAAAACUCAGUUUAUCAUGUACGAGUGUUGGUUGCUUGUGAAAGAUAAGCCAAAGUUCUUUGCUCCAUCCGGUCAUGAUGUUCUGGGGCGAAGUCUGCAUAAAAGGAAAAACGUUCUUAAUGUUGUUGAUAGUGAAGAUGAGGAGGAGGAAGGGUCCCAAUUCGAGCCAGUGGACCUUGGUGAUAAUGACCUUUUCGGUCCGGAUACGUAUACGCGCCCCUUACUAAGUCAAAGACUUCACGAACAUCUGCUUCUUCCGAUGUGGGGUCUGCUCGUUCUUCACCUGCCGACCUAG